UUCUUGUUGUGCUCUUGAACGCAACUUGUUGACCUUUAGUCCACUAUAGUUAGAGGGGCGUGGCGUCAGUUCAAGAAGCUCGAGUUGAGUGUGGGAAGAAACAAGACUCGUUUGUGUAAGCGUAACAAUAAUGGUGCCUUUUUGCUGCCGGGGAUAAACGCAGGGUAGCUCAAGUUGCUAGUCAAGUGACGUCAUGCAUGGCUGCAUAAAAUGACUCCUGACAGGCAAUAGGGUGGGAAGAGGUGGAGAUGGAGGACUUCUGGGCUCUGGUCGUUUGGGCUGUGAGGAUAUGGCUGUGUCUCAUUGUCAGCCUCAUCGUGAUCCCGUCUAUGUUUGGCUUCUCGCUGGGUGUCUCUGAAACCUACAUGAACAUCCUGGUGAAAACCUUGGAGUGGGCUACACUGAAGUUACAGAAGGCAAGCACUGUUGAACAGUCACUUAAAGCCUCUGCAUCUAGUGGUCUCAUUCAGAGGGAAGAUGGCUCCAUGGAGAAAGAGCUUGAGGAACUAAGACGGAGUCGACCCAAACCAUCAGUGGGCGGUGAUUUUACGCUGAGCGACAGUUUCUUUUUCACUCGCAGAGGAAUUGAGAGCAUUGUAGAGGAUGAGGUGACACAGAGAUUCUCUUCAGAGGAACUGGUGUCAUGGAACCUGCUGACCCGCACAAACAAUGACUUCCAGUAUAUAAGUCUGAGGCUGACUCUGGUAUAUGGCCUUGGUAUAUUUGUGAGAUACUGCAUCCUGGCACCACUCAGAAUAACUCUGGCCUGCAUCGGCCUCACCUGGCUGGUCAUCGGAACAUCUGCAGUGGGAUUUCUCCCCAACUGGAGGAUGAAGUUCUGGCUCAGCGAGUGGGUGCAUGUCAUGUGCUAUAGGAUCUGCGCACGAGGGCUGUCUGCCGCCAUUCGCUAUCACAACAGGGAAAACAAACCCCAAAAAGGAGGAAUCUGUGUUGCUAACCACACUACUCCUAUUGACAUUGUUAUGCUCUGUAAUGAUGGCUGCUAUGCGAUGGUGGGUCAGGUGCACGGAGGAUUGAUGGGCGUCGUCCAGCGAGCUAUGGUUCGAUCUUGUCCCCAUGUUUGGUUUGAACGUGCUGAGAUGAAAGAUCGCCAUCUCGUGACUAAAAGGUUGAGAGAUCACGUUAAUGACAAAGAAAAACUCCCUAUUUUAAUAUUUCCUGAGGGAACCUGCGUCAACAACACUUCGGUCAUGAUGUUCAAAAAGGGGAGUUUUGAAAUUGGAGGAACAAUUUACCCUGUUGCUAUAAAGUACGACCCUAAGUUUGGCGAUGCCUUCUGGAACAGUUCCAAGUACAGCAUGGUGAGCUACCUGCUGAGGAUGAUGACCAGCUGGGCCCUCGUCUGCGAUGUGUGGUAUCUACCGGCCAUGCUUCAACAGGAAGGGGAAGAUGCUGUCCAGUUUGCCAACAGAGUGAAGUCCGCCAUCGCUCACCAGGGAGGACUGGUAGAUCUACAAUGGGACGGGGGCCUGAAGCGAGCUAAAGUGAAGGAGUCGUUCAAAGAGGAGCAACAGAAGCAGUACAGCAACAUGGUGGUGGGAGAUGACAGCAGCAGUAACAGCGACUGACAGUCCUACUCAAGCUCCUAACCGGAAAGUGUCGUAUCCUCUUUAGUUGGACCUUUCACACUGUGAAAAGACAAUUGACUCUGGGCCACAAGUGCAAUAGUGAACUUUAAUCAUGAGGUCACUGCUGCUAUUUUUUUGAUGAAAUGUCAACUUUAGUGUAUAGUUAGGGCAGAGAAAUGAUGCAAACAGUGAAUUUAUCUCUUUACUGAUUACAUGUUCAUGUGCAGCUCAAUUGUUUGAAAAAAAAAUAAAGUUAGCAUGAAUUGUAA